AUGUUAGCUACACUCUUCGUCUGUGUCUGCCUUGCAACCAAAUCACAUUCAGGUUGGUUUAAUAAUUAGAUACAUUUUGUUUUUUUCACCCAGUUUUACGGACGAGGUCGCAGCGAGAGAAACGCUAUAUCGCGGGGGAGCCGCGAGCUAUAUCGCUCGCCUCUCGGCGCAAGGUCGCUCACAUCUCGCUGCUAUGUCGCUCUUUCAAAAAAAUUUUUUAGCUCGAUUGGGCUUUUUUUUUCUUGAUUUGCUUUCUAUGCUUCAUACUUUUAUUGUGUUGUACAUGAUAACAUAUCGGUCUUUAUCAACCUUCUUUACUUUUUAUUUAAUUUAAAAAAUAUAUUUAAAUGAAAACUUGAGAGCAUUAAAGAAAUUUUCCAAAUAAUUGAUGAUACAUUUUCGAAUUCGAAGUAAACGGAAAGUAUGUACAAAUCUGAAGAAGAAAAAAAAAUUGAAUUGAGGCGAAAGAGUGAAGCUUCACGUAAGAAUAGAAAAGGACAAUAUGACGAAAAACAUGUGUAUCGUUUAUUUUUGAUAGGAAAAAAUGUGACUAGGAAAAGAGUAGGUUCAAUAAAAACAGAAAAGUAAACCGAUUGUAAGCUCGUAGAUGAUCUUUAAAAGUUCAAAUUAGAAAAAAAAAUAAAGGAGGGAGGCUCGAAAUGAAAAUGAAAGAAGUUUUGAAAAAGAAAAUUAAGUUAAACAAUCAGAUUGACACUACGUUCCCUUAAAAAUGUUACUGUAAGCUUUGACUCGAUAGUUUUCGGCAUAUCCUUCAUUUGCUGCGUCAAGAACUUUUCUAAAUGAUAAAAUCGAUUAAAAAAGAGAAAUACUGAAAAAAGUCCAACCUUGAAUAAGAGAAUAACUCACAGGAGCGACUGUAUCAAGACAGCAGUACGUGCUUUCUCGAAAUCAUGCCUCAUUUCUUCUUUUCCUUACCCAUCGACGCCAAAGUGCAAAUCAUAUCUUCAAGUAAAAAUGGAUAUACUGUUUCAAAAAUAGUUUACCAAAAAUCUUAUUGACUGUAUCCAAAAGCAAAGUUUCGGUGCCAUCUCCCACGGAUCUUUCUUGACUUUUAUUGAUCGAAAAAAAAAGGUUAGAUGCCAUUUUGAAGUACUAAUAACCUGAAAUUCUUGGUUAAAACAUGAAAAAAAUGCGGAAAAAGGACUUUCAAAUUCAAGAAAGGUGUGCAGUUCCGUCAAAAUAUAUACAAAAAAGCUUUUCUUUAUCACAACUUUCUUUAAUGGGAUUUCACCCUUUUGAAACUUUCUGGAAAUAUGAUGACUGUUGAUUGUAACACCGUGGUGAAAACUUAGAAACACAGCUGAAAAAGUUUCAGAAAGAUUGAGCUCUAUACGAGGAAGUGAGUAUAGGACAUCGACAAAAGCGCCGAUUCCAAGAGCGCCGUUCAAAUUUAGCACCAGUCCGCAAUGCGCCGUCGCGUGUAUGCGCCGUGUAUGCAGACGCCGCUUUCUUUUGCGCCGAGUCCGUUUGCGCCGAAUCGUUUUGCACCGUUAUUUUAAACUUUCAUUUAUUCGCUCUUUUUCUAUCAUUGUUUAUUGAUUGUGUAGUACACAUUCAUAUACGACUCGAAUAAUUUUCGCGCCAUCCGUUAAUGAUGAGUUUUAGGUCCACUUUGGUCCAGGUAAAAUAUUUUUUCCCCUUUUUUCUUUUCAAAGUAAAAAUAAAAAAGCAAAUAUGCUUUUCUGAUUUCGAAAAAUACAGAAAACGUAAGGAAAAGAGAAUGGAUAAAAAAAAAUUAUUGCUUUAAACGACAUAUUGAGUGAUUUUUUUUGUGAUUGCAAAUUUUCUGCGUUAGGUAAGGCAAAGUUUCAAUUCUAGCAGACGUGAAACAGCAGAAAAUCGUUUUUCGUAACGUUGAACUCAUUUUCUUGAAACAAUAGUUCGAGUUUUUUCGAAAAUGCGUCAGAAAGGUCCAUAUUAACAGAUGGCGCGAAAAUUAUUCGAGUCGUGUAUGAAUGUGUACUACACAAUCAAUAAACAAUGAUAGAAAAAGAGCGAAUAAAUAGAAGUUUAAAAUAACGGCGCAAAACGAUUCGGCGCAAACGGACUCGGCGCAAAAGAAAGCGGCGUCUGCAUACACGGCGCAUACACGCGACGGCGCAUUGCGGACUGGCGCUAAAUUUGAACGGCGCUCUUGGAAUCGGCGCUUUUGUCCUAUACUCGAGGAAGUUGUGAGCGAAAAACAUUUUUCCUUUUCUGACGGUACUGUAUGAGCGUUACAUUAGUUGUAAAAUUACCAUUUUAGAAAUAUUAAGUGAAAAAAAUAGACAUAAAAAAAAUCAGAGAGAAUCUAACACACGAAAAAAAUAAAACAAUUCAAUUAAAAUUUUGAUGGCACGUAAAUAGUGACCAAUCGAUAAUCCGCGACCUCGCGCCGAUAUCGCGCCGGGAGUUUGCUAGAGCUGAGCGAGAUGGCAGCGAGAUAUGUCGCUGCUAUGUCGCGCCACUCUCGCUGCGAUUUAGUCCACGAAACUGGGUGUUAGCUGAAUAGGUUUCCACCCAAAUAUUUAAUUUUAGGAAUCAUCAUAAAUUCCAAUAACGCUACUUCCGCUUCAUCUUCUACAAUCUCUGCACUGGACCUACUUUCUCUGAACACCAACGCGACGUCGUCCUCUUCACGCUUUGUUGUCGAGAAUGAGUUGGCCAAAAUAUCUACAUCCUGCCUAAGCUCCAGAGAUUAUGAACUGCUAGCAGGAGAUUUUGUAAAGCACGGCACAGCGCGGAUGUUUUUCAGCUCGCUUAGCAUCAGUGCAAUGAGCAUAGGCCUGGCAGAGUUACGUACAGCACUCAAUUUUGCACCACUACGUCCAUGGAAGCCAUACAACAAUACGAAACCCAGUGA